CAAAUGCUGGUUUGUUUUCCCUUCCAGCUUGCAGACGGAUCGUUUCUUCAGAUCAACGGCUCCUCCCAAUGUAAGGGGAGGUGCUUUGGAAGGCUGAAAUGCUUGCAACUUUGAACGUGCUGUGGCUUUUGGUUUUGCACUAUGAUGUCAGCUGUAGCCCUACUGCAGUAAGCAAUAAAGGUUAUGCUGCCCAAAGGUUCCCCGUUGAGUCAGAGUGAGAAAGAAAAAGGCUAAAAGAUCCCAUCUGCUGCACCUACAUUAUCUCUAAGCACAACCACAGAGACAGAGGAGCCAUGAGUACCUUGAGGGUUUCCAGUGAGGUCACCGGUGCUGUGGCUUCUGUCAUCCACAAUCCUGAGCCAUCCACCCCGCCGCCUCACAGCGCCCGGCCAGAGGAGGACGAGGACGAGGACGGGGACCUGAACAAGGCCCUGGGAGUGAAACGUUUUCACCAGAUCCUGAGCCCUGCUCCACAAGUCCCAGAUGAGCAGUACCGCUCCUAUAAUGAGGAGGACUUUGAGUACCACCGUCACUCCUCGCACCACACCCACCAUCCCUUGUCCAAACUCCCAUCUGAUGGCCGCAAGAAGAAGAGCGGCAAGAAGAAGAAGAAGAGCGGGAGCCGGAAAACCGCCAUGGGCCCCAGCGGAGCUUCCACCAUCGAGGAGGGAGAGGAGGAGGAGGAGGAGGAAGAGGAGGAAGAGUGCUGCAGCCCCCCUGAAGCAGAGGGCCUUGUGGUAACCCCUGCCACUGAUGCAAAGGCUGGGCAGGUGCAGUUCUUUGUUUCAGAAGAUGACCCCCCCAUCUCCAUAUCCUGCAGCCCCCCGCCUGUCCAAGAGCUUAAAAUUGUACCCGGCAUGGCCCAAGACAAAGACACUAUCCUUCCAGAGGAGGCUUCAUCCACAGACGAGCAGGGCUCAACCUCGACUGCGCUCAAAGACAGGACGGAGGGGUCAGACCCCACCCCAGCACCGCCUGGCACCCCCAUCUUGUCGGACUCCACGCCCUUAGCCCGCGUCUCCUCUACUGGGCGCAGCUACGACCUGCAGGACCGUCGGCGGUCAGGGAACCUGACCGGUGCGGAGCAGGCAAAGUACCAGAGGGUCGCCACGGAUGAGAAUGAGGCCCAGACACUGGCCACUGUCGACCUGGAUGGCAUCAAGAGUCACCGCUUUGAGGAUGUCCCUGGAGUGCGUCGACACCUGGUCAGGAAGAGCACCAAGGGACAGGUUGUCCAUGUCACCAAGGACCACAAGGAGCCCAGCACCCGCGGCAGAAAACUGGAUCGGACCCCACAUGAGUCAGUGUAUCUUUACCACGCCGCCGCCUCCCAGCUGGGCGGUAUGGUCCUGCUGGACUUCACUGGCCGUGUGGCCCGGCACCAGAAGGUGUUUGUGGAGCUCAAUGAGCUGAUCAUGGAUAAGAACCAGGAGAUGCAGUGGCGUGAGACGGCCCGCUGGAUCAAGUUUGAAGAGGACGUGGAGGAGGAGACGGACCGCUGGGGCAAGCCUCACGUAGCUUCCCUAAGCUUCCGCAGCCUACUGGAGCUCCGAAAGACCAUUUCUCAUGGGGCGGUGCUCCUGGAUCUAGACCAGAAGACGCUGCCUGGCAUUUCUCACCAGGUGGUGGAACAGAUGAUCAUCUCAGACCAGAUAAAAGCAGAGGACCGGGCCAAUGUGCUGAGGGCCCUGCUGCUUAAACAUAGUCACCCAAGUGAUGAAAAGGAACACAGUACCUUCCCCAGGAACAUCUCAGCCGCUAGCUUGGGCUCAUUAAUUCCCCACCACCACAGCGGCAACCACGUGCCCCAGCCAGAACCUUCCGUCACUGACCCUCUCAUGGGUAGUGGUGUUGCUGUCAUUGAGACUGACACCCGGGUUGAUAUUGAGAGGAAGGAGAAGGAUCAUCCCAUAACAGUAGGAAUGCACAAGUCCAAAUCCAAGCAUGAGCUGAAGCUCCUGGAGAAGAUCCCAGAAAAUGCUGAGGCCACUGUUGUCCUUGUGGGGAGUGUGGACUUCCUGGAGCAGCCCACUAUGGCCUUUGUGCGGCUGCAGGAGGCAGUUGAGCUGGACUCUGUGCUGGAGGUGCCAGUACCGGUCCGCUUCCUGUUUGUUCUGCUGGGGCCAGCUUCUUCCAACAUCGACUACCAUGAGAUAGGCCGCUCAAUCUCCACACUCAUGUCUGACAAGCAUUUCCACGAGGCUGCGUACUCGGCUGAUGACCGGCAGGACCUGCUCAAUGCCAUCAAUGGCUUCCUGGACUGCAGCGUUGUGCUGCCACCCUCUGAGGUGGGCGGGGAGGAGCUGCUGCGCUCUGUGGCUCGCUUCCAGAGGGAAAUGCUGCGCAAGAGGGAGGAGGAAGAGGAGAAGCUGCUAGCCAAAGAGCCCAAGAGCCCUGAGGAAAAAGCUCUCCUCACCCCCUUCAAGCCAGAAGAUGACCCCCUACAGCGGACAGGGCGGCCCUUUGGUGGGUUGAUUCGGGAUGCUCGACGACGAUACCCCAAGUACAUCAGCGACUUCAAGGAUGCCCUAAAUGCCCAGUGCAUGGCAGCAGUUAUUUUCAUCUAUUUUGCUGCCCUCUCUCCUGCCAUUACUUUUGGGGGCUUGCUGGGUGAGAAGACUGAGGGUCUGAUUGGAGUGUCAGAGCUGAUCGUAGCCACAGCGGUGCAGGGUGUGUUGUUCUGUCUGCUUGGGGCCCAGCCCCUCCUGGUGGUGGGCUUCUCUGGCCCCCUGCUGGUGUUCGAAGAGGCUUUCUACUCUUUCUGCAAGGGAAACGACAUGGAGUACUUGACAGGUCGAGUCUGGAUUGGGUUCUGGCUCAUUGUCAUCGUGAUCGUGAUCGUGGCCUUUGAGGGAAGCUUCCUGGUGCGCUUCGUCUCCCGUUUCACUCAGGAGAUCUUUUCGUUCCUCAUCUCCCUCAUCUUCAUCUACGAGACCUUCUCCAAGCUGGGCAAGAUCUUCCUGGAGCACCCCCUGAGGCGCUGUCCCCUUAGCAACAGCACUGCUGAGAACGCCACGACAGGCGGCGGUACAGCCCUGUUGCCGGCUAACGCAACCGAGGUGGGACCAGUCAACCAGGGAGAGCCGAACACAGCCCUGCUGUCUCUGGUCCUCAUGUCUGGAACGUUUUUCAUUGCUUUCUAUCUGCGCAAGUUUAAGAACAGUGCCUUCUUCCCUGGCAGGCUCCGAAGGGUGAUUGGAGAUUUUGGGGUCCCCAUAGCCAUCUUCAUCAUGGUGUUGGUAGACUACGGAAUACGGGACACCUUCACACAGAAACUGAGUGUGCCCAGUGGUUUCUCCGUGACCAGCCCAGAGAAACGUGGCUGGGUGAUCAAUCCACUGGGGUCAGAAAAAGCAUUCCCCAUCUGGAUGAUGGCUGCCAGCAUCCUCCCCGCCUUGCUAGUGUUCAUUCUCAUUUUCAUGGAAACGCAGAUUACCACUCUGAUCGUGAGUAAGAAGGAGCGUAUGCUGUUGAAGGGCUCCGGCUUCCACCUGGACCUGCUGCUCAUCGUGGUCCUGGGAGGAACCUCAGCGCUCUUCGGACUGCCCUGGAUGGCCGCGGCCACGGUGCGCUCGGUCACCCAUGCCAACGCCCUCACUGUCAUGAGCAAGGCUGUCGCCCCCGGAGACAAGCCACGCAUACAGGAGGUCAAAGAGCAAAGGGUGACGGGGCUGCUUGUGGCUGUCCUGGUCGGCAUGUCCAUCGUGAUUGGAGACCUCCUGUGUAAGAUCCCCAUUGCAGUGCUGUUUGGGAUCUUCCUGUACAUGGGCGUGAUGUCACUCAACGGCAUCCAGUUGACAGAGCGUAUGCUGCUGUUGCUUAUGCCACCAAAGUACCAUCCGGACCAAACCUAUGUUCGCAAGGUACGGACAUGGAGAAUGCACCUGUUCACAGGUAUCCAGUUGGUCUGCCUGGCAGUAUUGUGGGCGGUCAUGUCCACUGUGGCCUCAUUGGCCUUCCCUUUCGUCCUCAUCCUCACGGUCCCUGUGAAAAUGUUCCUACUUUCCAGAAUCUUCACCACCCGCGAAAUGCAGUGUCUGGAUGCCGAUGAUGCGGAGCCCACCUUUGACGAGAAGGAAGGGGAGGAUGAGUAUAACGAGAUGCACAUGCCAGUGUGAGCCCUGCCCACACGUUCCCCUGCCAGUGGCCAUGCUAGCUUGCCAAUCAGUCAACCCGCCAAUCAGAAGAAAGCACCAGGGACCCACCCUCCUGAGGGCUCUGCAUUCUUUUAAUGUUCAGAGUGUUACGGUUUUAUUGUCUAGCAUUUUUAUUUAAUUUAUUUUUGAUUAAUGGAUCCAUAUAUAGGCAGAUGCCCAAAGUUAAACCUGUUCCAUAUUUUCCUCAUUGCAAAAGGAAAAACUUAACUGUCAUGAUCUUGAUUUUCCUCACAUAAUCCCUUGAUACAACACAGGCAUGACAGUGUUGCUACUUGGGUGGCAACUAUGCAUUCCAGUGCUCCCAACAUAGAGGAACUGAACAUGCAGUACCCAUGGGUAUAGCAGUGCAGUUGAAGUUGAGCUCUUUUCUGGCCUCCACAGGAUGGCUGUGGUCCAUACCUGCUGGACAUGGGGAAACAAACUGCUCUUGACAAAAAUAUAAUUAAACAAUUGUAGAAUUACUACCUAAGAACUUCUGUGCUGAUUGUAGUCAGCCAUGAGUCUAUACCCAACAAAAUGAAGGAGCUCAUUGCACAAACCCACAUAAAGGGAAUUUUAAUAUAUGUCCUUGUAGAGAUUAUCUAUCAGCACUUUAUAGCAAUGGAGGCAGGACAGAUGCAUCCAUUUACAUAGUUAAAAUCUAUUAUAAAUGUCUAUUCAAAUCCAAUUCAGAUCAGUUGAUUACUCCAGGUCCUACCCCUGUUGAUUAAUGGGGAAAUUUAUGCUAUUGUGAAUCAAUUAAAUAUGUGAUGUGUUGAGAGAAUUUCAACUGAUCAGUGUCUCAAAACGUGCCCUAUUAACUAAUGGUUAAGUACCUAAUGUGCAACAUGUUCAGGUGUAGACGUUCUGUACUGUACAUUUUAUGUAGACAAGCUAAUUUGAUCUUCCAUGUUUCUGAAAAUGUCCAAACUAGUCCAAAAUACAGGAUACUCCAGGAUUUUAUCACAUGCAGCUAUAUAUUAAAGCACCAAAGAAGCAACAAAAGGCCUUUCGGUGUUGCGGGAGUGUAGAAAUGGAAGGAAAGGGCAUCUAAGAACUGACUACAGAACUGAAUGCACUGAACAUGGCUGUUCUGCCAUGCUGUGUGGGCGUAGAGUAGACCAGUCUUGUCAGUACUGUCCAUCAUGUAUGUACUUGGGUAUGCUUUGCAUUCAUCAGCUACAGUUUAAAUGUAUCUACAACCAGGCCUUACAGUAGCGGAAGAUGUUUUUACAAAUCAACAGCAAUGUGUCUGACUUCAGUAUAAAGGAUUUUUUUCAUGAAACUUACCAAUUCGAUAACUCUAAGGCAAUGUGGUGUCAUUUGAUAUUAUGGACAGUGCUCCUUUGACUAGCUCCAUUUUUUUUCCGGUGACAAGGCCUUUAAUCCAUGAUUUAGCACUUUAUUCUUCAUUUUUAAAAAGUGUGCAAACUAGCAUUAUAACUUGAAUGCCUUUACUGUGCUCAAACCAAACUACACUUUUCAAAGUUAUGGUCUGUCAUCACUGCUACUGCGUUUUAAAACCAAGCUCCUGUACCCUUUAGCAAUAAGAAUGUAUUUGUGAAAUUGCUUUGACUAACUUUCAGGUCCAAGAAAAUUACUGAGCAAACUUGUAUUUCCUUUAACAUUCAAUUCAAAUACAUUUGUUUCUCCAGUUGUGCCUACUAACUUUAAAUGAUGGGCUUUGCAGAGGAGGGAUAUGGCUUUAAGUGUGCAGGGGCCACCUGCAGUACAUGCUUCUUCCUGCGUGCUUCACUGCUUUACAUUCAACACUAGCCAAGACUUAUAUUCUGUAUUCUGCAGUAGUAGCUACGAUCUAAAUGGAUACACUGAGGCAAUGAUGACCGUCACUGGGAGAUCUGUACAUUCAUCUGCUGUAAAGCUGUUCAUUUGUAUUAAAUUCAGUGCUGGAGGAUUUAUGAGCAUCAAUUCAGUUUUAUAUUUAUUCACAUUUCAAAAAUAAGAAUAUAAGCAGAAGAUCGAUUCUAGGUCAAAAUUCCAACCUUGACUUUUUAACAGUUUUGCAGGGCAAGUUAUACUGAAGAUGUUGAGGAAUAUCUACACUAAACUUGAGUAACAUAACAUGGGACCAGCUUUAAUUACCCAUUGGAGUAGAGCAGCCUGACUAAAUCCCUGAACUAGUCUUGGUUCAGGAUGCAUUGACCUGCAUUUCCAUGCAAAUAUCAACACUUUUUGCCAAAUGUUUUGCUUUCAAUUGCUUGUAUUUUGUCGGGAAACGAUUUCAUAUUUCGGUGAUGUUCUAGAAUGAUUCAGAAAUCUUAGAUUCCAUUUGGAAGGUACUAGUUUACUGCAAAGAAAAUUGAUUUGACUUGUAGGGUUUUGCGCCCACCUGGAUUUGGUAACUUGGGUAUAAGUACUAAAUACAAUAUUCCAGUUUCUUCUGUACCUGUUCUCCAGAACAAAUGUGGAGAGUCUGUUCAGAAAAUGUUGAGAACAUUCCUCCCUGAGAAUAGUGAUACCAAUUAUCUCACAGUCUGUCAAUUGAAAUCAGUCUCUUUACCAAUCUUUUAAACUAUAUUUAAGCAUAAUUUGCUCCAAUACUGUUGGUUUUAAAAUCACAAUGACUUUUGGCGAAUAUAGAACAACACAUGUAAGCAUAGCAUUCCUGGAUUGUGAUCUGUGGCCAUUAGACAGGAUGUGCUUUUUCAGAGAAAUGAGAACUGCCUUAUCUGUUACUGUACAUUUUAUGGUGGUGCAAGACAAGAGCCUGCCAUAGGUGUAUCACCCAAACACACCCAAUUUAAGUUCUGAUGUCACCAAUUGUGCCACUGAAUGUUUCACUAAUUUGUUGAUUUGUCAUCUACUGUACUGCGUGUCGUAUGAGUGGAGUGAAAUUAAAUUCAUGCCUCUACCCCCCUCUACAGACAUAAAUGGACAUUCCAGAGCACAGCACUUAAACCCCAAAUACUGUGGUUUACCCCCCAAUGUCUAGUUUGUCCUCUUCUGUUCUUGUGGGUGUUUCACUCCAGGCAUAAAUCCAGUCAAAUAUGCUGAGCUGCUGCCUCUCGGGUUUUUCCAUUUUAUGUUCGAUAGCCUUCAUAUUAGCACAUUUUUAAAAUGGCUGCUCUUUCAGUCAAGUUGCUGGGUUUGGUUUUUUUGGUAAUCAUUAUUCUUAUUGUUAGCCUUUAGUAUGACUGCACUUUUUAUGUAAUGCAACUAGUUUCAGUGCUUUAAGUGGUGAGUGUUUGAAGUUCCCGUUUCUUGUUUAUAUGCUGAAAUGCACGGUGGAGGAUUUUUUGUUUUUGUGAGAACCAUAUUUUCUGUUCAAGAGAUAUGCAUCAUGUAGACAGUAUUUUCCAGACACAGGGGGGGGCUUCAGAAAAUGUAUAAGUCUGUGCAGUGAAGUUUAAGGGGAUGAGAGUGGAUUUUGGGAAGGGUUGUGUAUAGACACUGCUGUAUUAGGAAGUGUAAUCAUCAUGACAUCUCAAACAUGGCAGUUAAUGCAAUUUGAUCAGAUUUGUGGUUUUUAGAUUUUUGUAAUAAUUGCGAAAUAGUUUUCUGUAUAUAUCUAGUUCAAAUGAUAACUACAAAUAAAAUACAUUUUACAUACAA